AUGUACGGAGAUAUAUGUUCAAUUAUUUUACAAAUACAAAACAACUACACAAUAAAUAUUAUUUGGGUUUAUUCGCCUGAUCAAAGUCGAGCAAAUCCAUCGCAUUAUUAUCCAGGUUAUUCCUAUGUUGAUAUUGUUGCACUUGACGUUUACACUGAUGAUCCAAACUCUGUGAAAAGUUAUGAUGAAAUGUUAACGUUGAACAAGCCAUUUGCCCUUGCCGAAGUUGGUCCAAGUACAACUAAUGGCGGAUUUGAUUAUACUCGAUGGCUAACAGCAAUGCAAUCAAAAUUUCCAGGUGUUGCUGAUUUCUUAGCAUGGAAUGAUGGUUGGUCACCCAUAAAAAAUCAAAAUGUUUGGGCUUUGUUCAAUAAUCAACUAGUUAUUAAUCGUGGUAAACUUAAUCUAGGUGAUGGUGCAACUUCUUCGGCAAGUGGAGGAGUUCUUUAUAAUUUUUCCAAUGGUGUUGGUCAAUGGCAAGGAACCAAUGUCACUGGUGGCCCAGAGCAAUCGAAUGAAUUUGUUUUUCAAUCAACUGAUAGUCUUAAACUUGAUAUAAAUCUAAGUCAAGGUAGGCGUUAUGCACUUUAUAAUCAACAACAGACAAGUUUUCAAGUUAGCGAACGUAAACGAUUGACUCUCGAGAACGUACAGCUUCAUGGGGUUUUGCUAAUAAUGGUGUACUAA